GCUCGUGAACCGUCCAAGUGUUGUAACCUCAAGAACGAAAUUGGUCAUGAGUGCCACGAGUGAAUAAUCUCUGAUUGACGGGCGUUAUCAUAAAAUUAUUUCGACAAGUAUUUAGCGAAUAUCACUUCGAAAAUGUUCCAAAAAUAUGAUCGUAAUCGAGGCAGGAGGUGGAAAAAUCUCAAGUCCUUUCGAAUUAUCUUUUGAGGCGUAGUUUUGUAAAAGCGAUGAAAAAAUAGGGAGUUUCCUGGGAAUUGCGCGAUCAAAGAUGAUUCUCGAUUGGAAUAACCCGCACAGUGAACAUGCACGUAUUUAUGUACAUGCGUUAGAUGCAUGUGGGUACAAGUGCACAUGAGCGAUAUAAGUAUAUGCCAGUGUCGAGGACCAUCACGAGAAUAGGGAGGGAAGGAAAUGGUGGAGGGACGACGUAAGACGCCCCCGAGGGGAUAGCCUUCGACGAGGGCCCCCGCCGUUUCUCCAGGAGUGUCCGGUUCGCUGCAUCGCGGCGAGGACGUCGCGCCGCUGUGAUUCUCCCGUUCGACGUCGCACUUUCAUCUCUCGCUCACGUUUUCUUCUCUCCCUCUUUCUCUUUUUGUAUUCGAUCAGUUGAAAAAAAUGGAUUCCGAAGGUUUCCCUGCUGAGCUUGAACCGGUGGUCCGUUGAUUCGAGCGCCGCAGCAAUUUGGUGCGCUCGCGGAAAUGUUUUGAUGCGAGAGAAUAGUGCGGGGACCGGGACGAUUUUCGAAAGUUUGUUAAUUCUUCCGGUUUGAAGGCGACUGAAAAGCGACGCGACUGAAAGCACAGAAUCAAAAACAGCAGUUUUUACGACGGAAAAAUCAAAUCAGUUCCGUUCCGACACGCUGCGAAGGACCAGCUGACUCUGACACGAGACGAUAUCGCGUCGAAGGAAAAUAAAAACGAACGUGACUGCGUGCCGCACGAGCAUUAAAACGGAGCGCGAAAUAAUUGCACUUUGGAGUAUCAAACCGUUCGAUUCGUAAACAAAACUCCGAACACGCUCAGUCAACGAUCCUUUCACGCGUUGCGUAAUAUCCCAUCGCGAGCAUAACUAACGAAACUAGAGUUGUUGUAAAAACAGACUCGAUCAAAUGAACGGCGAGUCCGCUCGUCCGAGGGGACUUUGAAUUUCGUAUUGAAACGGAGCCGCACACCUUCCGUGGUGUCUUCGUUCGAUCGAUCAACGUGCACACGCAGCCACCGUUAUAUUCGCGGUUGACGAAUGCGAGAUUCCCCUCGCUCUAGCGCCGCCCCCCGCUCGAGAACAUAAAAAUUCACCGGUUCGGACGUUCACGCGGUGGAUUGAGAGCCGGCCUCGGCGGGUGCAGCAGUUUUACUAUUAUUAUAUCGCUUGUAUUUGUGCCAUUGAAAUUCUAUCAAGUUUUUUCGGCCCCGAGAAUCGUUACGGUCCAUUUGAUGGUAUUAUCAUAACCGUUGUUACUAUUUUCAUGGGCAUUUGAAGCCCGCGCCACGACUCCUCGAAUACUUUCCGCGUCGUCAUAGCUCGGAGAGGGAAAAAGAUCUCGGUCACGGAAGAGAGGAAAAGGUAUAUGGGAGAGAACGCGUUCGAAGCCGGUUCGUCUCGCAGCCGAUCGUUUCGUUAAAAGUUCUCUGACACCGUCGCGCUUAUGCAUACGCGGGUCACCAUCGCGUGUUACAACUUCUGAACAACGUUCGGGGCCCCCGUUGAGAAACCCGCGGAAUCGUCGCGGAUCUUUCUUCGCUUUCGCAUUUGCAGUCGUGUUUAGCCACGUGGCGAGGUUACUGGGAGAAAAUUCACGCUUCUGAUCAGAGUUUCUCAAUCGAUCCUUCGUCGACGGGAAAUUGGAACUCCGCUGAUAAAAUUCGUUUUGUGAUAGCGGUCGAAGCCUCUCGGAAUAACUCAAGUGCCUCAAACACCCCGGCUAACGAGGCCCUUGAAUCGUCUCCGAAUCUCCGGAUUCGAUAAGCUCCGAGAUGAAAAGUGAUUGGAACGAGUGAUCCCCGCGUCGAGUGACUUUUCGAUUCGCUUCACAAAAGAUUUCAUUGACGAGCGUAUCUUCGAUAAGGAAUUGAGCCACGUGACGAUGACGAAUUAUUCCCGUUGAUUGCGCCGGAUUGAUCUCCAUCGUCCUUUUCAACUUGGGGGCUCGCCUCAUCCGUGUGCAAAAUGAAAAUCCAGCAAACGAAUCCGGCCUUGAAAAUUUCAUCGGUCGAGCUCCCCCCGGAAUAACGCAAUCCACAAGAAGAACUUUCUCAGAUAUUUCACGCUGUUCUCCCCCCAACGAUUUGUCCAGCAGCGUUUAAGAAUUGAAGAAAAUAAGACGCUCCGUCGCGGCAUGAGCUGCUAAGGCCAACGCUGGUGCACCAGCUACGAUAUCGUUGUGCCUUUUUAAUUGGAUUCCGGAUGUAGGAGGGACCAGAUGGUAGCUCAAGACACGAGGGGAUCUCGUGCACCGUUCAAUCUGCGCGUACGUGUGUGCAUGUCUCUCCGCUUUUGCCGUGCGUACGCGAGAACCGAGUGAAACACAAUAGAGCUGAAAAAGGAAAAGUGCUCGAAUCGUGUUGUCUCUCUAGCUCGUCUACUUAUCGCUCGACACAAUGAAAUUCCGGCGUUGCGUCCAAAACAAUCUUGGAACGGUCAAUCGCAACGCUGCCACGAGUUGACGUACCCGCUCUCCGCGGGCGACGCCGCAAUAAUCGUGAGAUUUCAAAGUGCCGGAUCGAUAAACCCUCGAAAUUUUCGAGAUAAAUAAGUAAAUAAAAGUAAAUAAAUAAAAUCCCCUUUUCCACGGACUCGCUCUUCUGUUGACACACCCGAUAGCCGAGACCCUCAAAUUUUCCAAACGCUCGAUGAUAACUCACGACGCGUAAAUAGUGACACGAAACGAGCUCGAUCAGGAUGCUGCGUAUCGGUGUAUUCGGGUACAACGACCUCGUUCAAGUUCCGCGUGACUAAAGUCGAGGCGAUACUCUUUCUCCACGAUACUCUGCGGAGGAGCUCCGUCUCCGGUUUCGAUUGUCGAAGAUAAUCACGGGCCGAUAUGAAUUUGUGAGUGAACUAAGAAUAGAGCUGGCAAUCGGUGGGUCAGAGAGCUCCUGAAACUCCUCGAGGAACGACUCGAGGUCGCGACUCUUCCAGUUCCUGCGAAUCACAGUGUUGUCAAAGUUAGUUGAGCCUUUAUCGAUUGGAGAAUACACGAAAUGGAAAAUACUCCGGAUAGCUCAACGGGGUCGGCGAACACGACGCUGGUCCUCGCCAAAAUUGGGGCAAUGUGCGUCCUCGGAUUGGGCUCCUUGCUCCUCGGCAUGUUGCCUCUUCUCGUUGGCCGCUGCAAAUUUCGCAACCGUGACAAGUGCCGGGCAAUAUCGAGCAGCAAUUCAAGCACGUCGACCAAUGCCUCCACGAGCAUCGACUCAUCCUCUCAAGGUCUUCUGACAUCAAUGCUGCUGUGUUUCGGCGGCGGCGUGCUUUUGUUCACGACGUUUCUUCACCUCGCACCGGAAGUGCGUCAGAGUGUGGAGCGUCAUCAGUCGAACGGGCAGCUGAUGAGCCUCGGGACACUCAGCAUGGCGGAAUUGCUCUUUUGCAUUGGAUUUUUUCUCGUGUAUCUCGUGGAGGAAACGGUGCACGCAACCUUAACGAGCAAGCCGGAAGCUUCGGAGGAUCUUCUUUACAGAACUGUAUCGGUGAGGCGAUGCAACAAGCAGGCGUCGACGUCGCUGUCGACGACGACGAUAUCGACGGUGACGGCGCCGACGAGCGGAAGCAAAUCGAGUUCCUGGCGAGUCGGAAGAUUCAAGUACAGCGACGAGAAGGAAGAUUCGGGAGCGGAGGGGAAACACGCGUCGUCCGGGUCCUCGAUCGGCCAGGAAAUCGAUGCGAAGAAUACCGAAGCGCUGCCGGCGCUGUUCGUGCGUUCGAGCAAUUCGGUGGAAUCUUCGAACGAAGCAUCGAGUCGAAUAGACCGUACGAGUGAGGCGGAGAAAAAUUUUGGCGCUCGGAAAAAAGUGCCGAUCGUCAGGGAGCCCUCCAACAAGGCGGACACUUCGGCGCGAGGUUUACUCACUGUUGUGGCGCUCUCGUUCCACGCCAUCUUCGAGGGUCUCGCGGUUGGUCUCGAGCCCUCGAUCAGCUCGGUACUCUACUUAGCCGCUGCGAUCGCGACCCACAAACUCGUUAUUGCAUUUUGCGUCGGCAUGGAACUCUACGUCGCCGGUGCAUCGAGCAAAACGCUCCUGGGAUAUUUGUCCGUUUUUUCACUCGUCACACCCCUCGGCAUCGGGGCUGGCCUUGCUCUUGGACACUUCAAAAACGACAGCGAAAACCUCGGACCAACCCCGACCAUCCUUCAAGGCAUGGCCGCCGGGACGCUCCUUUACGUCGUUUUCUUCGAAGUCCUCGCCAGGGAAAGAGCCAACGACAAAAGCGGAUUACUCCAGUUGCUCGCUAUUAUCGUCGGAUUCAUGCUCAUGCUCGGUCUCCAACUGGCCACCGCCCACUCUCACUCACAUUCCCAUGGACACAGUCACGGCCACGGUCACAGCCACCACGAUAAUUCUCACGGCGGAGAAGACGAGCACGAGAAAUCGGGCGCGCACAGCCACGACGAGGAGCACCAUAACUUCGAUUUGAGCACGAGCGCCGCACCGUUGAACAAAGCGAUUGAAAAAUUAGCGGAAUCGGUAGUGGAGACGGUGACGAACGUGAUCGCGUCGAGCACGACCGCUUCCCCGAAGCCUUACACGAGAAACACUUCGGAUGCGAGCACGCUCAGGACGUAGUGAAAAAGCCGAUUCGAACGAUUUUUAAUGAAGGAACAAAAACAAAGCCCGACCGGAAGCCGCGACGUGCGUCGAAAGUCGAGAACAUUAAAAGUCGAAUGAUUCUUUUCGGACUCUACAACAGCAGAGAUAUUCCUCGUACUUGCUCCCCCGAAGAACCGCAGCUGCCCAGAGAAUUGUGAAUUUUAUUUUGGCGAGAUCUCGCGCGGUCGAAAGAAGGAGAGAAUUUUAUGUAGAUAGCAAAAAAAUCGUGGACGGGAGAAAAAUAUUUUUAUAAGCGUCGAAAAGAGACGAAAAAAUCGUGGACGAGAGCAGAGCUGUUCGAUGCUCAAUUUCUAAAUUCAAACCGAAUUCCUGAGGAAAAUGCACAAAACCGAAUUCUUUCUUGUCCCAAUUAUUCUGAUACGAUGACGUGGAAAAAUGUACUUUUAAUAGUGACUAACUGCAACCAGAUCGACUAAAUUUCGAUCGAAGUUUUCUCCGGAUCGUUCUCAUUGCAGCUCACGCUGUAACCAACGAUUCUUUCAAUUGCGACAAAAAAUCGUCGCGAUCGAUUCUGCGGUAGAAUAAUGUGACUGUAUUCUAAUGAAGAAAUUUUGCAAAUUUGUCUCGUGUUUGUGAUAGAAAAAAAAAAACAACAAGCAGGAGAAGUCAAAUCAUUUGUAAGACGUAAAAAUUCAUUAAUUAUUCACGUGGAAAACUGAAAAAAAAAUUGUUGAUUUAAUAGGAAUUGAUGUUAUUGGAAAAGUUUUUUUCAUUCAAGAGUACGGAUCAAUCGGUAUA